AUGGCCAGCGGAUCCGCACGAUACCUGCGCUACAUACUGUUCGCUGUCUUCGGCCUCGCAAUACUAUACUUCAUUUCAUCCUCAUCGUUACCAACUUAUAAGCCACCCGUGCCCGCAAGUCGACCGGGCGCAGUUGGACUCGGUUCGAUAGAGGUAGAGAAGGGCCCAGAAGAUGUAAAAGCUUCGUCUGCCGUAGCAAAGCCGCACACCGCGGUCGAGAAGCCCGCGCAGGCCGCGCCAACAACGCCUAUCGACAAGGCCGCUGCUCCUAAUGAACUAUCUCCGCCGGCACCUGGUGCACGCGUCAACGCGACCUUUGUUACCCUUGCCCGCAAUACCGAUCUUUGGGAGAUCGCACGUUCGAUCCGCCAAGUAGAAGACAGGUUCAACAGGAAUUACAACUAUGACUGGGUCUUUCUCAACGACAAACCCUUCGACGAUAAUUUCAAGAAGGUGACCAGCUCCCUAGUCUCUGGCAAAACACACUAUGGCGAGAUUCCAAACGAACACUGGUCGUUUCCCCCGUGGAUCGAUGAGAAGAAAGCCGAGGCCGUGCGUGAGGAUAUGCGGCAACGCAAGAUCAUUUAUGGCGACUCGGUGUCCUACCGCCAUAUGUGUCGCUUCGAAUCUGGCUUCUUCUUCCGUCACCCAUUGAUGAUGAAUUACGAGUACUACUGGCGUGUGGAGCCGUCUGUUGAGCUCUUUUGCGACCUGCACUACGAUCCCUUCCGCGUCAUGAAGGAUAACAAGAAGAAGUACAGCUUCGUCUUGUCCCUUUAUGAAUAUGUUGAAACGAUUCCUACGCUAUGGGAAUCGACUAAGAAAUUCAUGCGGAACCAUCCUGAGCACAUUGCUAAGGACAACAGCAUGUCUUUCCUCUCCGACGAUGGUGGAGAGACAUACAACAAGUGCCACUUUUGGUCCAAUUUCGAGAUUGGCAACCUGGACUGGCUACGCAGCAAUGCCUACGUCGAUUUCUUUGAGAGCCUCGAUCGCGAUGGCGGUUUCUUCUACGAGCGUUGGGGAGAUGCGCCUGUGCACUCGAUAGCGGCUGGACUCCUGCUCAACAAAGACGAGAUCCACUUUUUCAACGACAUCGCUUACUACCAUGUGCCCUUCACUCACUGUCCGACUGGCGAGGACCUUCGCCUCAAGCUGCGUUGUCACUGCAAUCCUCAGGACAAUUUCGACUGGAAGGGCUAUAGUUGCACCAGUCGGUUCUUCGAGCUGAACGGCAUGGAGAAACCAGACGGCUGGACUGAGCAAUCGAAAUGA